UCGACAUGGAGGAAGGCGGGGAAGUUUAUUGCCCAAUUUGUGGAAAUUAUUUUGAAUUAAGUAAAAUAAAUCAACAUGCGAACCAGUGUUUAAACGUGUUGUCUGAAAAUACGCCUAUCAGUGCUAUCACAAGAAAGAAAAAGUGUGGAGAUAGUGACUUUGCAUCUCCACCGCGCUCUCAAAAGCGACUAAAACCGAAUGAGGACUGUCAGCCUAGGCCUAUUUAUCACUAUCAGUAUCAGGACAAUUUAUCAGCCUCACCAUCGACGGCAUCGUGUUCGCUUUCUAUUUUAGAAAACAAAGACAAGCUUAGCCAAUUGGUGUCCCCUGCUAGUGUUACUGUGGGGAACAAAAGUUCACGUGAACACGAUAAAUAUAGAUGCAUAAAAGCAGGUGAUACUGUGAAGUUGACACCUACGCCUAGCUCUGCUGCCGUCGACAACAUUGCCAACAAGAAGUAUUCCACUUCUAUUUGUAAUUCUACGUCUAGCACUGCCACUAGUGGGCCUAUUACUACUAGUACUACCAGUACCAGUACUACUAGUAGUACCAAACCAUGGGGGAUUUUCUUUAAUAAAAGUAAAAGCAAAGAACAAUCAGAGCAAAAUGAUACGACUACCGUCACUACGCAAUCCAACCAAACUAAAGUGAAUGGAAGUGUCUCAGCUGUACCUAGUAGUAGUAGUACUAGCACUAGUACUAGUAGUGAGGCGCUAUUGAAUUUGAAGCCCGAUGAUGACAAUUUUAAGCCACUGGCCGAACAGAUGAGACCAACGUCAAUAUUAGAUUACAUUGGGCAAAGUAAAGCCAUUGGAGAAAAUACAAUGCUGAGCAGUUUGUUAGAAGCCCACAAAAUACCAUCUAUGGUGCUUUGGGGACCACCAGGUUGUGGUAAAACGACUCUAGCGAGGAUAAUAGCAAAAAGGUGCAAGGAGAAAAGCAGCACCAGAUUUGUGCAGCUGUCUGCGACGACCAGCGGUGUUGCAGACGUCAAACAAGCGAUCACACAGGCCAGAAAUGAACAGAAGAUGUUUAGGCGCAAAACUGUGCUGUUCAUUGACGAGAUUCAUAGAUUCAACAAAUUACAACAGGACACGUUCCUCCCACAUGUUGAGAACGGCACUGUGACCCUGAUUGGUGCAACAACAGAGAACCCAUCAUUUCACAUCAAUUCCGCGCUGCUCAGUCGCUGUCGCGUCAUUGUGCUAGAAAAGCUGACCAUCGACGACAUCCGUGCCAUUGUCCAGAGGGCGCUGAUGAAGCUCAACAUUGGUGUGUUGGUAGAGGGCGCUGCUGCUGCUGUGCCAGUGCAGGGAGAUUCGAGAGCACCAGUGAUGUAUAUACAAGAAAAGGCUGUAGACGUCUUGGCAGGCCUUAGUGACGGAGAUGCUAGAGUUUCCUUGAAUGGCCUACAAAUGGCGGUGCAAGCCCAAGAAGCAGAUUUUAUGUUGAGAAAAGAGCUUGCUUCUAGUAGAGGAGAUUGUGAAAUAUCGGGAGAUGUGGAGAAUGCAUUUACUAUUAUCACUACUGAACAUAUCAAGGAAGGAUUGCAGCAGUCCCACUUACUUUAUGAUCGAGCCGGUGAAGAGCACUACAAUGCGAUAUCAGCCCUGCACAAGUCUAUAAGGGGUUCGGAUGAGAAUGCUGCUCUCUACUGGCUAGUACGAAUGCUAGAAGCAGGAGAGGAUCCCAUGUUUGUUGCGCGACGUCUCCUUGAUGCGGCGACGGGUGACGUCGGAUUAGCUGAUCCCAUGGCAUUGACACAUGCCGUAGCAGUACACCAAGGCUGCCAUGCAAUGGGAAUGCCGGCUUGUGGGAUAUUGCUGGCACAGUUAACAACAUACCUCGCAAGAGCUCCGAAGAGUUGUGAGAUAAGUUCCGCAUACGAAAAGGCGCGCAAGUGCAUCCAGGAUCACCAGGGGGCACUACCCCCGGUGCCCCUGCACCUACGAAAUGCACCAACUCGGCUCAUGCAAGAGAUAGGUUAUGGAAAAGGCUACAAGCCUGUAGGAGGACAAUACAUGCCAGAUGGAAUGACCCAUGUAAACUUCUAUUAGAUGGCUAAGUAGUAGUUCAGAAGGUAUGUGCAAUAAAAAGGUUCAUAACUA